CUAUCUCUAAUCUUCUAGCUUCCAUACAAAUUAAACUACACUAAAUAGAAACCAAGAUCUCAAAAAAACCCAAAUGGCACAAUAUCAAAAAACCAACACAUUGUUGAUGAUCCUAGUGGUCACAAUGGCUGCCUUAUAUAGCGUGAAGGCUCAAUCGGGUUGCACAAGUGUACUAAUUAGUAUGUCACCAUGCUUAAACUACAUUUCAGGUAACACGUCGACGCCAUCCUCAGGAUGUUGUAGCCAACUUGCUAGUGUGGUCCGGUCUCAACCACAAUGCUUGUGUCAAGUCCUUAAUGGUGGUGGCUCGUCCUUGGGUAUCAGUAUUAACGAAACACAGGCUCUUGCGCUGCCUAAGGCUUGCAAUGUCCAAACACCACCAACGAGUCGAUGCAAUGCUGCUUCUCCAACGGACUCUCCAUCAGGAACGACAACACCUUCUUCUUCAGGAUCACCCCCUUCAGGAACGGGCAGCCGUUCAAACACCGUGCCAUCAACAGAUAACAACGGUUCAUCCGAUGCAACUUCAACAACAUUUGCGGCGAUUCCUCUAGUAUUUUCACUACUUGUUGCCGUGUAUGCUACUACGUUUUAAGUUGUUUACAACAUUAUAUUAUCGUUUAUGAUUUCGCUUAUUUUCCUUUGAUUUUUUAUCUUUAUAUAUUGUACUAAAUUAAAUUCUUUCAUGGUGAUUGGUGAGUAUAUUUUGGAUUAUUAAUAUA